GGGGUGCAGACAGCGUGACGUGAGCGCCUGCCCCGAGGGAGGGACGGCGCGCAAGGCUCGGGGAAACGCGGCGGGACAGGAGCCUCCACAGCUGGUGCGAUGCAGAGGGCAGCAUGCGGCCAGCGGGGCGAACUGUGCGCGCCGCGGAGCAACUGGCUGCAGCAGCGCAGCCCCCACCGCCAUGCAGGGGGAGACUGGAGCUGGGGGGUGAGCCGCGCCGCUUGGCACUGGAGACACUAAAGAUGCCUUUUGAUUGUACGAGUGCUGAAAUGUAUUGAGUGCUGCAGCUACUUUUCCAACAAUGAACAGUACAAAAUCACCAGUGCUGGACGGAUUAGGAAACACAACCUGCAACGCACACAAUAAGAUUUCGGUAUUUUUUUCAAUAAUAUUCAUGACGGUGGGAAUUUUAUCCAACAGUCUUGCAAUAGCAAUUCUCAUGAAGGCAUAUCAGAGAUUUAGACAGAAAUCAAAAGCAUCCUUUUUGCUUUUUGCCAGUGGUUUGGUUGUCACAGAUCUUUUUGGCCAUCUCAUCAAUGGAACUAUUGCCGUGUUUGUGUAUGCCUCUGACAAAGACUGGAUUCGAUUUAAUCAAUCAAACAUUCUCUGCAGUGUUUUUGGCAUAUGUAUGGUAUUCUUUGGUCUGUGCCCUCUCUUUCUGGGCAGUGUGAUGGCUGUUGAACGUUGCAUUGGAGUCACUAAACCAAUAUUUCAUUCUACAAAAAUGACUUCUAAACAUGUAAAAAUGAUUUUGACUACGGUAUGUCUCUUUGCUGUUUUUAUAGCUUUGCUGCCUAUUCUUAGCUUUAGAGCAUAUCAAAUUCAAGCAUCGAGGACCUGGUGCUUCUAUAAAACAGAACAUAUUGAGGACUGGGAAGACAGAUUUUAUCUAUUACUUUUUUCUUGCCUUGGGCUACUAGCCCUUGCUGUUUCGUUCUUGUGCAAUGCUGUCACAGGAAUUACUCUCUUAAGAGUCAAAUUUAAAAGUCAACAAAGACAAGGCCGAUCUCAUCAUUUUGAAAUGAUCAUUCAGCUAUUGGCUAUAAUGUGUGUCUCUUGCAUUUGCUGGAGUCCAUUUCUGGUGACAAUGGCCAAUAUUGGAAUAAAUGCAGAUCGUUCAAUGGAAACCUGUGAAACAAUACUUGUUGUUCUCCGAAUGGCAACGUGGAAUCAAAUAUUAGAUCCCUGGGUAUACAUUCUUCUAAGGAAGGCUGUGCUGAAAACCCUCUACAAGAUUGCUAGGAGAUGCUGUGGAAUGCACAUCAUGAACUUGCAUAUGUGGGAACUCAGCUCCAUCAAGAAUUCUUUAAAGGUUGCAGCUAUUUCUGAGUCACCAGUUAGUUCCAAACAAAUAAAUCAACAGCCACUUAGCUCAACAGGGCAAUAAAAUCAAACACAGCUUAUGAAGAAGUAAUGGGAGUGUAAUGAUCAUACCCUGAGAACACCUUCAAAUUUGUUAGUCUUUGUGGUAAUAUGAGGGUAACUGGUUUGGUAUUUGUUUCAAAUUGUGAGUGGUUUGGUCUUAUUGUUUACCAGUUUGAUAUUGUUAUUCCAAGAUGUGCCCUUGAGUAACUGUGAUCACUCUCAAAACACUUUUGGGUGAAAGAAGUGUCUUUCAGAAAUGGGGUUUAAUCAGACAAGACAGAUUUCAGAGUGGAGUUAGUUCCACAUUACCGUGCCUGCAGCAGCAAAAACACAUCGUCCACUGACUACAGAGCCCAAUGGCAGAAACUGUUAAGCUGGGUGUCGUGAGUACAGAUGGUCACCAGCACUAGGCUCAAGGAGCACGUGAAGAGAGGGAAGAACUUGUUGGUUGGUAAUAGGGUAAUCUUUUGUCAGAUAGUGGCACCUCAGUAGUUAAGUGUCUUCAUAGCUUUUUAAGGUCAGAAGGGAUAAGUAUGAUCAUCUCGUCUGACCUCGUACAUAACAUAGAACCCCUCUGAAUUAAUU